UAGGUGCGAUUAUACUGGUCUGCUGGUCUUCUGGCCAGAAUUCCUGUAAGUGGAAUAAAAAAGAAUACCUUUGAAAAAAAUACGGAGUUCUAGACAUUUCCCGAAACAAUGUCUGUUGUUGUCUGCAGAAUCAAUAAAUGGGCAUCUCAAUCAAGCAACCCUGGACCCUAUGGUUGCACUAGGGUACCUCAUUACCAACCAACCAUCCUGCCAGAUUCCACCUCAACACGAAGCUAAUCCAACUCUGAUGAUGUUAUACUCCGUUUCAAGAGAAAUUCUGUCGAAAGAAGAAAGUACAAAGAGUGAAAAAACGAAUCUAAUUUACCGAUUAGAAAAAGCCAAAAGAGACUUUGAAACAAUCCUGGAUUCAGAUCACAGCCAAGGCAGUGUUCUAUCAAGCAAGAUAGACAGUUUAUAAAAUAAAAAAGGUAAUUGUGAGACUGGGU